CAAUAGACGACCUCGCACUUUUCAUCCCUUCUCAGGUGGAAUUGGUUUCCGUGACUUACUUCCCUUGACGACUGAGAGAAUCAGAUGGGCUGGAGAAAAAGAUUUCUCUCCAGGCUUUAUUCGGACAUACCAAGCCCUCCUUCAACGCCGCAGUAAACCCUAGGCUAGGAUCAGAAAGACUACCUACUUGCCCUAAACGCGUCGCUCCGAGUAUACCAACAGUACGACGGAUUUCACGGUCCCUCCUCCAUGUCAUCUACCAGCUCCCUGGUCGCUUCUCUCUCACUCUCAGUGAGCCGCAAGGGACUUGCUCGGGCCGCGGACUUGGCAUUCUCUUGAAUCACCGAUUCUGGCAACUGAGCGAUUCCUUCCAGACAUCUUUCCGGCUCGCCCAACUCCAACCUUGGGAUUGAACCAUGUUUCCGUCGAUACCAAGCUUUCGGCCGUUCGGAGAUGUGGCCUGUCCCGCCGGGUCCAAAUGCCAACUCAUCCACUGCAUCUUCUCCCACGAGAAGAACAAACCACCUCCCAGCACAAAAGGAGCCAAUCCGGUAAAAUCAAAAACCAGCGAAAAUGCCACCAGGCCAGGUGUUCAGGGUAAACAACCCCCAACUGGAACUCCGCAACAUGUCUUUGUUGGCUCCAUCGCCCAGAGACAAGCAGUCUCGCCACCCAACAAAGGGACUGCAAGUCGCAUCGCACCUGCAGCAAAGGCCCCGGCAGCAGCAAGAGAUGGAAAAACAGGCCUCCCCGCAUCAGUGACACGGCCGGUCUCUCCCCCACCGAAGCUUGCAGACAAGAAGGCUGAGGUGAAACCUGAAGCCAGGGUGCUUCUGAAUCCCCGCCAGUUGCCAAAGGAACCGGCACAGUUUACGCGAAGACUUACCUACUUGAAGGUUCUGCACCAAUACAUGUCGCAACUCAAUAAACAGGUCUCUGAGAGUUCAGAACCAGACGUCAAAGCACUUGCCUUAUCAGAGAAUCAACUUAACAAACUGGCCGUCGAUGAAGAGCACGCCGUUGGAGCUAAGCAUCAUGCUGUAUACGAGAACAUCAUCAAGCAACGCAUCGUUACGCUGAAGAAGAUGAGCCUCGACGGAUGGAUCGCCGAGCGCAAAAAGGCCAUAGAAAGCCAGAACCCUGUCAGACCCGUUCCACCUGCGCCAAAACCGGUGGAAACGGGUCUGGAACCGAGAGCCGAAGUUUCUUUCCUAUCCCGGCUGGCGCAUACGCCUGCGCAACUGGAAGCGCACGGGUAUAUCAUGAAGAUGCCUUCGGAAGCCGAGCUUGAAGAGACCAAAAAUGCCCUAAUAUCUGCAGACCACUGGGAAGUCUGCGACCGCUGCGGAACGCGCUUCCAGGUAUUCCCGGACCGACGCAAAGAGGACGGCGCCCUCACUUCAGGGGGGAAAUGUGUGCAUCACUGGGGCAGAAAGACGUUUCCCCGUAAGAAGAAAGGCGAAGAGUCGAGAUGGACGUGCUGUAAUGAGCCCAUAGGCUCGCCCGGCUGCACCACUGCCGAUACACAUGUGUUCGUCAUCAAGGAGCAGCCGAAUCGGCUGGCGACGAUUAUGCCGUUCAUACGGACACCGGACAACCCCGACGUGGAUCCGGAUACGGUCAUUGAGGCGGAUUGCGAGAUGGGAUAUACGACGCACGGAUUAGAACUCCUGCGUCUCACUGCGCUAUCGUGGCCAUCCCACAAGCCGAUUCUCGAUGUAUUGGUACGCCCCAUAGGACAUAUACUAGACCUCAACACGCGCUUCUCCGGCGUCACAGCGGAGCAAUACUUCAACGCCAAACCCUACGACCCCAAAGACCCCACCAUCGACCCCAAAGACCUCCGCAUCGUCGACUCUCCGCAGGCAGCCCGCGACCUCUUUCUCUCGUACAUUGCGCCCAGCACCCCGCUCAUCGGCCACGCCCUCGACAACGACCUCAACGUCCUCCGCAUCAUCCACCCCACCGUCAUCGACACCGUCUGCCUCUUCCCCCACACGGGCGGCCUACCCUACCGGAACGGCCUCCGCUCGCUGGCGAAAACGCACCUGAACAUGACGAUCCAGCAAGCAGGGGCGGCGGGGCACAACAGCCACGAGGAUGCGAAGGCGGCGGGGGAAUUGGUCCGGUUCAAGGUUGCGGAGGAGUGGAAGAAGAUUCGGAGGGAUGGGUGGACGGUGCAUGAGAAUCGGUUUUUGCCGCCUUUGCCGGGGGAGAAGCGGAAGGUUAGGGACGAGGAGGAUGAGGAGGGGGAUGGGGAGGGGGAUAUGGCGAAGGAGCGGCGGACGAGCGGGGAGAGUUCGCGGUCGACGGCGAGGGCGGAGAGGGCGGUUUGGGAGAGGUGGGAUGUGGGGAAGGGGAGGUGGAUGGUGCUGCGGAGAGGGCGGUGUUAG